AUGCUCACAGCAACAGAGACUCGGACAUGGUCGGCGCCUCUGGUAAAGGCAGCACGGCGCUUUAUAGACGCAAAGACAGAGGUUGCCGGAGGUGGACUCAACGAUGACACUGAGAAAUGGCAAUUUGUCGCUGGUCAUCACUGGUGGUGUAAGGUCAUCUCGACGCAGCCAAGCACGAAGCAAUGGCCCACAACGAUGGAUGCAGGCGGACAGAGCUCUGGGCAUAUACAGAUGUUGCAGGCUGCCAUGGAUCGCCAGUUAAGCAUCAUCAUUGAGUCCGGAUCAGCGGAGUCCGAGCAUGCUCGCCUUACUCGGCCUCAAAACGGAUUCACUGCGUAUUCUCAGCCACUGCAACCUAGUGACCCAACUGAGACUUUCGAGAGGUCAAAUUCGUCGCAGCCAUGGGCGCCCAUGGUGCUGGCGGACGUCGACCUGGUCCGCAUCAACAAGGCAUACUUUCGCACCAACAGACGACUCGAUGCUGUCAAGGUCUAUCAGCAUAAUCUGCGAGUUGGUGUUUGGUAUCUGGAUGAAUACGAUCCCACAAAGUCUUAUAGUAUCCAGCUCGUGUUCAAGAAAGAGAAAGAUAAGCAGCACUUUUUGAAGCUGAUUGAGCCGGACGUUUCGAUGCAGACUUGCCAAACAGGUACAGUCGAUGAGAAUGUCGAGGCCGUCAACGAGAAGAAAAUCGAUAAGAAGCCAACAGCUCCAAAUGAGCCCACCGAAGCUAAAGCUAACGACGAAAGCAGCAGGCUCGCUGCUCUGGAGGCAGCGCUAUACCAAAGCCAGAGCCUCGCAGACACUCUGCUCCAGAUGGCAAAGACUCGCAUUGACAGUCAGAAGACCGAACAAGCCUGCUCCACUCAUACACCACCUGACAACGAUCGUCGGCUAUCAAGCGAACAGCCUUCAACGGCAGGCUACCCUAAUUGCGCUCACAGCAUCCGUCCCAACUUUGGCAGCAACGACAGUUUCAGCAGCAGACCUGACUCGAGCUACGACGCUUUGUUCAGCUCCGAUGUCGUCAGAAGCAUGCUCGCCGAACGAGAGGACACACCGGUGACCAAUGUCUCAGCGGAAGAAAGCCAACAAGAAGAAGAACACGAGGACCCUGGACUAUGGGGAUGGCCGAACCACAGAGCAGUCGAAUGCAUCCAGGAUGACGUUUGUCGACUCUGCCUCGCAGAUCCCAAUCUCGAGUGGAUCAUCGCUCGCUGCGUUGAUGAGCACUUUCGAGACCAGUCUGUUGACUAUCCUGAGUACGGUUGA